CUCAGACGACCCACACACUCAGACGACCCACACACCGACCCACACACUCAGACGAGCCACACACCGACCCACACACCGACCCACACACUCAGACGACCCACACACUCGCGACCGGCCCUCCGAGGGCAACAGGCGAGCAGCAGCAGCAGCGGGUCGCUUAUCAGCUCCAGGCCGCACGCAGGGCAAAGCAACGUCCUCCACCAUCACUACCACCAUCAUGAGGACGUCCUCAAGGUGAAGAACCAGCGAGCUGGUCCAACCCAUCGGCUCUCUCAACGUUGCCCCGACGUUCGCUCGUUGGCGAGGAGGGGGCCCCGAGGGUCCGAGGCCCCGCGAUGGAGUGGCAGCAGCCGCUGGCUCUGCUGGUGACGGACGAGCACAGCGGCGCCAUGCGCCUCGUGGAGAAGACGGCCGCCCUCGUGGCCCGCGACGAGAAGCCGGCGGUGGUGGUGGCCAUCGCCGGGCGCUACCGCACGGGGAAGUCCUUCCUCAUGAACAAGCUGGCGGGCAAGCACAGCGGCUUCGAGCUGGGUAACACGGUGCAGUCCAAGACGAAGGGCAUCUGGGUCUGGGUGUUGCCCCACCCGGCCGACAGCAAAAAGUCUCUCAUCCUCUUGGACACCGAGGGCCUGGGGGAUGUCGAGCAGGCGAGCGGGAACCACGACACGUGGAUCUUCGUGCUGGCCAUGCUGCUCAGCUCCACGCUGGUCUACAACACCACGAGCACCCUGGACCGCGGAGGCCUCGAGCAGCUCCACUUUGUGGCCAACAUGUCGGAGCACGUGCAGAUGCGCGCUCGCCCCCGCUCGUGGGACCCGGCCAACCGGGCGGACGCGGCCGACUGCCGCGCAUUCUUCCCCGCGUUCGUGGUGUGCGUGCGCGACUUCAUGCUGCGCCUGGAGCUGGACGGGCGGCGCUGCUCCUCCGACGACUACCUGGAGCACUGCCUCCAGCGCAAGGCCAAGGGGCUCAGCAAGGAGUGCCGCGAGCAGAACGCGCAGAGGGAGAUGCUUCGCAACGUCUUCCAGGAGCGGAAGUGCUUCGUGUUCCCCCUGCCGACCGAUCCGGAGCGGAUGGACUCCCUGGACCGCAUGGAGCCACACGACCUCAAGCCGGGCUUCAGGGAGAGCAUGGACCUCUUCUACAAGCACGUGGUGCAUCACGCACGCGUCAAGCACCUGGAGGGGACCAUCAUCAACGGGCGCCUGCUGGUGGAGCUGGCGCGUCGCUACGUGGACGCGCAGGCGCGCGGCGCCAUCCCCUGCAUCGAGCAGGCGGUGACCCAGGUGGCGCGCGCUGCCAACGAGCGCGCCACCAGCGAGGCGCUGGGCCUCUACCAGGGGCUGCAGUGCGAGUCGCGCGAUGCCUUCCCCGUGCCCGCCGACGACUUGGCGGCGGCCCACGUCUACGCCUGGGACGCCGCGCUCACCCACUUCGCCUCGGUUGCCGUUCUGGACCGCGACCACGAGCAGGAGAGGACGCUCUCGGCGAAAAUGAUGGCGGCCUACGAGGAGCUGGUGAAGCAGAACAAGGCGGCGUCCGUCUCGAUGUCGCGCGCCUUGCUGGAGCUCCUGCACCAGCCAAUCAAGGAGGAGAUCGCCAAACGCUCGUUCCACACGGCCGGAGGAUUCAAGAUCUACGACCGGAUGAUGAAGGAGUUGCAGGAGGAGUUCCGAGCGUCGAUAGGAAAAAUGGGAGACAUGGCGGCGCAGGUGCUGAGCGAGUUCCUGGCGAGCGUGGAGGACGAGGGUCGACUCAUCAUGCAGGUGGACGACAGCGUGAGCGAGCUGGAGAAGGAGAAGAAGGAGCUGGAGAAGGUGCGGGCCCGGCAGGCCGACGAGGAGGCCCGCACGAGGAAGCAGAGCGAGGAGCUGCAGAGGACCAUCAACCUGCUGCAAGAGCAGAUGCGGCUCAACGGGGAGUCAUUCGACGCCCGGAUCCGACACAUGGAAGAGAUGACGGAGAUGAAGCUGCAGGAGCUGAAGAGGCAACACCAGGAGGAGAUGGAGCGUUCCAGGGCGGCCUAUCAGAGCAGCAGCGGCGGGGACAGCUGGUGUUCCGUCAUGUGACGCCCGCCGACGCACGGCACGAUGCCUGCGCAGUGCUGACGACGUCGGCCCGACGGUCACUCAACGCUGGGACAACCGUUGACCCGACCGCAUGUCAAUGUCGGCCCAACGUUGGGCCAACGUCGGCCCAGCGUUGGCAUGCCC